AUGGCUACCCCGGAGAUCACACCGAUGAACAGCCCAAGCUCCAGUCCCAGCACAUUCGCUAGCAUGAGCCCUACCAUUAUCCCGAGCCUCUUGCGAACUGAAGCAUGUUCUCCCAAACCGUUUGUGACCGCAAAUUCACCAAAAUCUCCUAUAGGCCCCAGCAAAACCGAGGAAGAACCUGCCACCUCUAACUCCGAUCCUGAAUUGAUACCCUUCGAGGUACAGUUUGAACACUGCCUGAAACUCGGCUACCCAGAUCAGGAUUACUACUCAAAUCGCUACAAAAAUCGACUACCUUCUGGCUACUGGCUUGCAAAUGACAUCUCGCUCGAUCACGUCGUUGAAAACAUUCCCAUCGUUGGCUACGUGAACGAGUACGACCAGCCGAUCCCAUCUCUCGAAGGACCCGACAUUCAUUUGACCCUGGCUACCAUUGACUUGAUCACCCGUAUUGGAGAGGAGAAUGACCAGAUAGCAAUGCUGGACCUGGGACAGGUGUUUCAUCUACACGGCCCCCGGAAAGGUCAACUCCACGACGCGUAUGCCUGGAUCGCCCUCCGAGGAAACGAAGGAGACAGAUUUGUCAUGUCUCGACGCGCACGGAACCACCUCGUCCCGAACUGGAAGACCCUGAUCAAGGACUGGGAAGAAUUCGACGAGACUAUUACGGACCCCUGCCACGAAGUUCGGAAGAUUGCUGAACGGGCCAGCUACCAAGCGGUCCAUUCCAUUCGAGCUCUCUGUGGUGAGAGAGGUAUUAAUCUGGAUCACAUUAUUGAAGAAAUCGUGAAGAAUAAUAACAAGGACCACCCUGCUGCUGAACUCAUCCCAUCCUUCCAUAAGACACUAGUCGCCGUCUUUGCAUUUGAAGACGCCAUUGAGGAGAUGCAGACGGUUGUCGACAAGAUAGACUGGUGA